AUGCCGCACGAGAUCUACAAUAAAAGUCUAGAGGACUUGUCAGCACUUGAAGACCAACACAAACUCAAAUCAUUUGACAGUGAAGUUGCAUGGGAAUUGGGUUCUUUGGGUCGUCAAUUAUGUCAAGAAUUAUACCCAAACAAGGGAGUAGUUAUUGAUAUAACUUUAACCAGUGGCCAAACUUUAUUCCAUUCUGCCGUGUCUUCAGGCACUGCACUGGAUAACGACAAUUGGGUCAAGAGAAAGUACAAUACUGUAUUUAGAUUUGGCAAAUCGAGUUUUUACAUUGGACAGAAACUUAGACAAAAGGGCAAAACGAUUGAAGAGGCCAUGUUUGUGUCAUCAAAGGAUUAUGCAUCUCAUGGUGGUAGUGUUCCCUUGCGUGUUGAAUCGAAUGAGUUCGUUAUUGGUGCUUUAACUAUUAGUGGAUUAGCACAAGAAGAAGAUCAUUUGCUUGCCUUGGACAUUUUGCAACAAUAUGGUACCAAGAAGGCAUAA